GAGGUGCGCGAGCCUCCGACAGUCAGUCGGUCAGUCGACCAGUCAGUUCGCGCACGCACGCACGCACGCGCGAGGAACUUUGAGGCGUUUGUCGCAAAUGUGACAAAUUUGCUCACUUGUGUUUUUGUCUGACUUUUUUUUUUUGGGGUGGAGGGGCUACGAUUGCGAGGAGGCGCGAGCAAUGUGAGUCAAGUUGGCGAAAGAAAGGAUAACGCAAAAAAAAGAAAAAAGAAGAAGAGAUGGACGCGGGGGGUCACGUGAAGCUUUGGCGCCUACUUUUCUUCUUCUUGGCGCCUUUGGGACGCACUGUUGCGCAAUUUUUCCCGGGCGGCUGCGACUUCGAGGACUCGUACAGCAGCUGCGGCUACAGCGUCUCCCUGGGGACCAGCGGCUUCACCUGGGAGCAGGACCGCGCCCCGCACGCAGGUCACGCAGGCGGCAUGAUGGCGGUGAACGCGUCGGGCCGGGCGUCAGGUCAGCGCGCGCACCUCUGCAUGCCCAAACUCAAGGAAAACGACACCCACUGCAUCGACUUCCUCUACUCCGUAACGGGGCCGGACGGCGCCGGCCCGGGCGCCCUCAACGUCUACAUCAAGGUGAACGGCGGCGCUCAGAGCAACCCGGUGUGGAACGUGAGCGACACCGUGACGGACGGCUGGCUCAAGGCCGAGCUGGCCGUCUCCACCUUCUGGCCCAACUCCUAUCAGGUCAUAUUUGAAGCCGUUUCAGUCCAGGGCCACCCGGGCGUCAUCGCCGUCGACGACGUUCGAGUUCUGGCUCAUCCCUGCCGAAAAGCGCCGCACUUCCUGCGCCUUCAGAACGUGGAGGUCAACGUGGGUCAGAACGCGUCCUUCCAGUGCACGGCGGGCGGCAAGUGGUCUCAGCGCGACAAACUCUGGCUGCAGCAGCGGAACGGGCGGGACACGGCGCCGAUGGUGACGCGGGUGGUCAACCACCGGCGCUUCUCGUCCACCGUCAGCGUGGGCGACACGUCGCAGCGCAGCACCAGCCGCUACCGCUGCGUCAUCCGCACCGACGGCGGCUCCGGCGUGUCCAACUACGCCGACCUCAUCGUCAAAGCCCCGCCCACCCCCAUCGCCCCACCCGAGCUCCUGGCCGUGGGCGCCACCUACCUGUGGAUCAAACCCAACGCCAACAGCAUCAUCGGCGACGGGCCCAUCGUCCUGAAGGAGGUGGAGUACCGCACCACUUCGGGCAACUGGGCCGAGACCCACGUGGUGGACGCGCCCACCUACAAGCUGUGGCACCUGGACCCCGAUGUGGAGUACGAGAUCAAGGUGCUGCUGUCCAGGCCCGGCGAGGGGGGCACGGGACCCCCGGGACCGCCGCUGGUCACCAGAACCAAAUGCGCAGAUCCCGUCCACGGUCCGCAGAACGUCAACGUGGUGGACGUGCGGGCGCGACUCUUGACCAUCCAGUGGGAAACGUUCGGCUACGCCGUCACGCGAUGCCACAGCUACAACCUCACGGUGCAGUACCAGUACGUGUUCAACCAGCGGGAGUUUGCGUCCGAGGAGCUGAUCCAGACGUCUUCUCGCUACACCCUGAGGGACCUGCGGCCGUCCGUCGCCGUCAGACUGCGGCUGGUCCUGGCCAACGCCGAGGGCAGCAAGGAGAGCGAGGAGAUCGUCGAGCAGACCGAGGAAGACGUGCCCGGCUCGGUGCCCACGGAGUCCCUCCGCAACACGCCGUACGACGACAAGAUCUUCCUGCAGUGGAAAGCGCCCAACGAGACCAACGGGGUCAUCACCCAGUACGAGAUUACUUACAAGGGCCUGAGCUCUCUGGACCCCAGCGCCGACCUGACCACCCAGUGGGGAAAGGUGACCAAGCCCACCAAUGAGACCCACCACCUGUUUGUGGCCCUCCACCCGGGCACCACCUAUUUCUUCAGCCUCAAAGCCUCCACCAGCAAGGGGGCCGGCCCACCCGUCACCACCCGCAUCACCACCAAGAUAGCAGCCCCCGUGAUGCCCGAGUACGAGUCCGAAGCGCCUCUCAACGAGACCGAGUCCACCAUUACGGUGCUCCUUAAGCCCGCCAAGUCGCGGGGGGCGCCCAUCAGUUCCUACCAGCUGGUGGUCAAGGAGGAGCGCAAGUCCAAGUCCCGGCGGGCCGCCUCCGACAAGCCCGAGUGCUUCGCCGCGCCCUUCAGCUUCCGCAACGCCUCCGCCUCCAACUCGCCGUACUACAUGGCGGCCGAGCUGCCGCCUUCCAAUCUGCCGGCGGCCCAGCCGUUCACGGUGGGCGACAACAAGAGCUACGGAGGCUUCUCCAACCCGCCGCUGUCCCCCGCCAAGAGCUACAGCAUCUACUUCCAGGCCCUCAGCAGAGCCAAUGGGGAAACCAAAAUCAACUGCGUGUGCCUGGCUAACAAAGUGGUGAUAGGUAGGGGACAAAUAACCACGCCGUACAUUCUAGUCAUCCCAAGCGAAGGCGCCUCCACCCAGGACUCGGACGCCGUGGAGCCGGAAAAACCCGUGGACGGCACGGUGAAGUUGGCGGGCGUGAUCACCGGCAUCCUCAUGUUCAUCGUCAUCUUCCUCGGCCUCGUGCUCACCUUCAAGCGCAGAGAGAUUCACACGUGGAGAACGCUGAGCGUGGGGAAGUUAGCCAAAAAGCACAAGGAGACGGCCAGCAGCUCCACCCAACAGAGGGAGAUGGGGCCGGUCAACACAGCCGACAAGAGCGCCGCCAAAGUCAGCACGCUGCGCAAGGACGACCCCUUCUCCACCUCCAGCCAGGACCUCAACGGAUUCACCUCCCCCUCUUCCUGCUCCUUCUCCUUGCAGGGAAGCAAAACGCUGCAGACCAAAUCCCUGCUGAAUUCGUACUACUCAGUGUCCAAAGAGUCGGUACCUGCCACCGCAUCUCUGGAGAGCAGCCAGCCGUCGCUCGCCCAGCCCUCGCUGACGCUGCAGAGCUUCCCGUACGGCGGGCGCGAGUCGGUGGAGCUCGCCUACCAAAGCGGUCAGUUCCAGCCGGCCAUCCGCGUGGCCGACCUCCUGCAGCACAUCACGCAGAUGAAAUGCGGCCAAGGCUACGGAUUCAAGGAGGAAUACGAGGCUCUGGCGGAGGGACAGACGGCGCCCUGGGAAACGGCCAAAAAAGAGGAGAACCGCAACAAGAAUCGCUAUGGCAACAUCAUCGCUUACCCCACAGACGAUCACACCAGAGUGCGACUGCAGCUGCUGGACGGAGAGCCUCACUCCGACUACAUCAACGCCAACUUCAUUGACGGAUACCACCGGCCCAGACAUUACAUCGCCACGCAAGGGCCCAUGCAGGAGACGGUGAGGGAUUUCUGGAGGAUGGUGUGGCAGGAGAACUCGGCCUCUAUCGUCAUGGUGACCAACCUGGUGGAGGUGGGCAGGGUCAAGUGCGUCCGCUACUGGCCCGACGAGACGGAAGUUUACGGCGACGUGAAAGUCACCCUGGUGGAGACGGAGCCGCUGGCCGAGUACGUCGUGCGAACGUUCACCGUGCAGAAGAAGGGUCACCACGAGCUGCGGGAGCUGCGCCAGUUCCACUUCACCAGCUGGCCCGACCACGGCGUUCCGUGCUACGCCACCGGGCUGCUGGGCUUCAUCCGCCAGGUCAAGUUCCUCAACCCGCCCGACGCCGGCCCCAUCGUGGCGCACUGCAGCGCGGGGGCGGGCCGGACAGGCUGCUUCAUUGCUGUGGACAUCAUGCUGGACAUGGCAGAGAACGAGGGCGUGGUCGAUAUCUUCAACUGCAUCCGCGAGCUCAGGUCACAAAGGGUCAACAUGGUGCAGACCGAGGAGCAGUACGUGUUCGUCCACGACGCCAUCCUGGAGGCGUGUCUCUGCGGCAACACCGCCAUCCCCGUGUGCGACUUCCGAGCCAUCUACUACAACAUCAGCAGGCUGGAUCCUCAGACCAACUCCAGUCAGAUUAAAGACGAGUUCCAGACCCUCAAUAUAGUGACCCCUAGAGUGCGGCCGGAGGACUGCAGCGUGGGUCUGCUCCCCCGGAACCACGACAAGAACCGGAGCAUGGACGUCCUCUCGGCCGACCGCUGCCUGCCGUUUCUCAUCUCUGUGGAUGGCGAGAGCUCCAACUACAUCAAUGCGGCACUCAUGGACAGCCACAAGCAGCCGGCGGCCUUCAUCGUGAGCCAGCAUCCUUUGCCAAACACCAUGGGCGACUUCUGGAGGCUGGUGUUUGACUACAACUGCUCCUCCAUCGUCAUGCUCAACGAGAUGGACGCCGCGCAGCUGUGCAUGCAGUACUGGCCGGAGAAGAGCUCGUGCUGUUAUGGUCCCGUCCAGGUGGAGUUCAUCUCGGCCGACAUCGACGAUGACAUCAUCAACCGCAUCUUCAGGAUCUGCAACAUGGCCCGGCCCCAGGACGGCUACCGGCUCGUGCAGCACUUCCAGUUCAUUGGCUGGCCGGCCUACAGGGACACGCCCCUUUCCAAGCGCUCCGUCCUGCAGCUGGUACGGCGACUCGCCAAGUGGCAGGAGCAGUACGACGGCGGAGACGGCCGCACGGUGGUGCACUGCCUCACGGGCGGCGGGCGUUCCGGAACCUUCUGCGCCAUGUGCAGCCUCAACGAGAUGAUCCAGCAGCAGAACAUCGUGGACGUUUUUCACACCGUCAAGACGUUGCGCAACAACAAAACCAACAUGGUGGAGACCAUGGAACAAUACAAGUUCUGCUACGAGGUGGCGCUGGAGGCGCUCAGCUCCUUCUGAAGCGUCGCCGGCCUCUUUGGGUCCGCGUUGGCUUCCGUCACAUUGAGGGACGAAAAAAGUGCAGAAGAAGAAGUCGGACGUAUUCUUGUACAGUCGCUUUCACUUUAGAAUGUCGUCUCCCCCCUACGGGCACUUGUUGCCUUUGAACCUCUCACACGCUGGCCAUCCAAGACGGCUCCUUUUGCCCAUCUGCUCGUCCCGUGCGCGUCAGGUGCCCAUCCGUGCGGGACGGCGACCCGCAAUAUUGAGGUUCAACUGCCCAAACUCACUGGCCGUGCCCCUUUGUGUCGAAAGCAAACGACAAAUCAUUAUCGGAAUGUUCCGUCUGAAAGUGGCGGGUGAAAAAAUCAUCGAAGUCGGCUUUUUCUGUGCGUGUGUGUCGUUGGUACCGAUGCAGGACGGGCACGGGUUGAAGUCGAUUUGCUUUGAGUCGACAGCGAUCGACAUCAAUUAUCUGAAUGCGCAAAGCUGUAACGGCGAGUUCUGUCGCGCCGACCAUCAAAGCCGACUUUUUCCGGGCUCUUUUCUGCGUGCGUGUAAGGUACCGAUGCAGGGGGAGUUUGAAGUUCGCCUCUGAAUUUGCUUUGUGUCUCAAAGAGUCGACAUCAAAUUAUCUCGUUGCGAGAUAUGUCUGAAAGGCACGGGCGAAAAAACGAUCGGCUAAGUCAACUUUUUCCUCGCUUUUUUUUCCUGCCGUAUGUGUAAGGUAGAGUGCAGAGUGGGCGAGAUUUGAAGUCGAACUGUAAAUUUGCUUGGUGUCGAAAACAUAACAAUAUAACAAUAUACUGUGACUAUCUGAAUGCGUGAAGCCGCAAUGGCAGUCUGUCUGAAACAAACGCCGGCUCUACCGUUACAGCUCUUAAGGCGGCGUGAAAGCGGUUGGUCAGAUAUUUUCGACGCAUUCGACCAAGCUGUAAAUAAGAUACGACAAGCACACGUGCACACGCUAUUUUCGUCUGUGUUGUCGGAAUAUUUUUCCAAGUCCCUUCACCACACAUGGUAUGAAUAGGCCAGACAAUUCUGUGCCUUUAACGCAACCGUUUAGUAUCUUAUCAACAGGCCACGUUUGACGAGCCUUGCUCGUGCACCCAAACGGCAUUUGGAAAUUCAGCCCUCGAGGCCCGUUUUACCGAACAACCUGAAACUAAACUUGGCGAGCAUGUCUAUCUCAAGUAGACCCACAAAAAAGUCUCAAGAAGCUACGCCUGAAAAGAAACAGGAAGUCUGCCAUUUUGGUUUGAAGCAAGGAUUCUCGGGUCAAUUUGACCAUUUCCAGCGUUCCUUCGAAGAUAAACUCAACCUGGUAAUUUGGAAAUUCGCUACCAAUCUGUCUCGGUAACAGGAAGUUUGGCAGACGUGUACCACGAGUAGACCCACAAAAAAUUCUCAAGAAUGCAUGUCAAAAAAAGAUACAGGAAGUCUGCCAUUUUAGCUCGAAUCUGUCACUUUAGGCUAAUUUUGCCCACUGAGUUUUAUUUUGAAAUUCAGCACCUGAAGCCUUUCACCGAGCAACAUCAAAUUUGGUCGACCUGUCUAUCAUGAGUAGACCCACCAAAAGUCUCAAGAAGCCUUUUCCGAAAAGACUUAUUUUGGUUUGAAGCGGCCAUUUUAGGAUUAUCUGGACCAUUUCCAGUGCUCCUUUAAUUUUGGGGGAAAAUUCAGCCCCCAAAGCCCGUUUGACUUAGCAACAUGAAAUCUGAUAGCUGUUGUCCACCAAGAGUCGACCCACCAAAACGUUUCAAGAAGCCUUGCCGGAAAAGACAGGAAGUCAGCUAUUUUGGUUUGAAGCGGCAAUUUUCCGAUCACGUUCACCGUUUCCAGGUGUCUUUCCAAGACAAUCGCCUCAGAGAGGUUUGAUCUGAUUGGCGCCCCCUGAUGGCAGACAAACUGAUGUCAUUUAAGACGAGGCUAAUUAAUGUCACUUAGCCAUCCGCCCAUUGGCGUCUGGCGACAAAAUAGCGGCGCCAGCGGACCCGACCCGUUGGACGUUAUUCUCGUCAUCUCCGUGACUUGAUGAUUUUUGGGGGGUUUAAGAUAACGAGCAUCCUCUUGAUUUUGUUUCUGUGUGCAGCAUGUGGCCGUGCGUUCAAAUGCUUUAUUUAUUUUAUUUAUUGUUGGGUUUUUUUGCUCAAUCUGUGUCCAUUUUUUUUCUCUCUCCAAACGCAACGCGUAACAUCAUUCAUUAUGAAUAGCUUGAUUUAAAACAAUUUUUAAGUGUUCAAUCUGCUUUUCUUUUACGUUUUUGUUUUGGGCUUGCUAGUGAGGCUUUCGAGUGCACCAGUCAAACCAUUUGAUUUUGUUUUAUAUUUUGUUGUUUGUGGAUUAGUUUUUUUUUUUUUUUUUUUUUCAAUAUCAUGAAUUUGUUUUGCAUUAUUUAAAAAAAAGAUGAUUUGUCCAGCAAAGUGUUUUUGGAUUUCCUUGUUUGGUUUGUUGGAAAGUGUGAUUAAGAUAUAAAGUAAUAAAGGGACCAAAAUGCUGAA